AUGGCCCGCGGCGCUACUGCCACCUCCUCCAACAGAGACGAUCAAGACACCUCGCAGGCCCAGGAUGUCAAAGCCAGUAAGCGGCGUUGUGUACAGUCGGCCUGCGUGCCCUGCCGAAAACGCAAGUCCAAAUGUGACGGCAGCACACCCGUAUGCGCAACUUGCAUUGCCGUCUACAAGACUGAGUGCUACUACGAUGCUGAGAGCGAGAGUCGCCGUACCAAAGCAGCCCCGGCGACUAUCAACAACACAGGCACCAAACGCGAUGCUUCCCUCGUCGCCGCCUCCAGCUCCGAGAAUGCGUCCAACGCCGAGUUCAUCAUCAAUUCGCUGAGACGCAUACCUGAAGAACACGUCCAGGAAUUCAUCAACCAUAUUCGAAGAGAUCCCAACCUCGACCUCGCUUCUUUGGCCGACCAAUGGCGCAAAAACGUGACGCUGACACAGAGUGAGCCCGUCGAUGUCCAAAGCCUCGAAUCCGACCUGAGUGUGCUGCUUGGGAAGCCAACUGUAACGUCCAAUGGCCAGAGUAGGCACUUUGGUCAUUCUGCUAGCCUGGGCCUGGUCCCCGAGGAUGAGAACUUCGACGGUGGUCGGUUGCGUACCAACAGUGUGAAGCCAGAGCGUCAAGGUUCAACGUGGACCAACGUGACCGAUGACCUGGCUUUCGUCGAGAAGCUACUGGACCUCUACUUCACCUGGAGCCACCCCUUCUACGUUCUCUUCAGUCGUGAAUGCUUUUACAAAGACUUUAGGGCAGGGCGCGACAAGUACUGCUGCUCCCUACUAGUCAAUGCUAUGUGCGCAUACGCAUGUCACCUCACAGACGAUCCUGCGGGCCGCACCGACCCCGAUAACUUCCGCACGGCUGGCGACCACUUCUUCGCUGAGGCCAGGCGACUGCUGUUCGAAGACGAAACCCCUAGCCUUACAACGGUUCAGGCACUCUGUAUCAUGUCGAUGCGCGAGCCGAGUACAGGGAGAGAAAGCUCUGGCUUUUCCUACAUGGGAAGAUGUCUUCGCAUGUGUGUUGAGCUUGGUCUGCAUUUGAACUAUGGCGCCAACGCUACCCUUGGCUUGACACCGAGCGAAGUUGAAGUGAGAAAAGUUACGUUCUGGGGCUGCUUCACUGUAGAUACGGUCUGGACAAUCGUUACUGGCCGCAUAUCUCAGCUUCCUCGAGCCGCUAUAACUCUCGACAAGCCCAUCCUAGAAGAGACCUCUAACCUCCCUGAGGCUUUUCCUGCACCUUUACAGGUCGCAGUGAACGGUGUUGUAACCACACGCAUGUUUCUCCAGGAAUUCGCCUCGCUCUCGGAGCUCGUCAAUGACAACAACCACAUGUUCUUUGCACCAAAGGAACGGCUUACAAGUAGUAAAUUACUCGACUGCUACCACAAAUACCAGGCCUGGUACAGAAGACUACCACCUUCGUUAGGUAUAGAGGGCAAGAAGGAACCUGAGCCCCACAUUCUGGUACUACACAUGCUGUACUGGACCAUCAUCGUCCAUCUCUUUCGCCCGCUGCUGAAAGUCGACCUUGUUCACUCCGAUAUACGCCCUCGCAAUAUCUGCGUCGACGCAGCCAAUAAAGUGUCUGAACUAGUCAGGAUCUACCGACAAUUCUACGACUUCCGUCAGGCUCACCUGCUCAUACCGCACAUACUGCUCACCAUCUGCGUUGUGCAUCUGCUCUAUUCGAAAGAAAACAAUAUUUCUCGAAAAAACCUUGUUGAGGGCUUGCAAGGUUUGGACGAUCUUCACGAAUGUCAUUACUUUGGGGCGAGGAGCUUCCGGAUCAUUUACACCUUGGCGAAAACGUGGAAGUUGCCUUUUCCAGAGGAGCUUAGCAACUCUGCUUUAAUACCGACAAGUGACCCCAACAAACCCAAAGGCCAAAUCAGUCCUCCGGCCGACCCUCUUUUGAUACCGCCUAACACAACGACGAUCACCGGUAAUAGGAUAGGACCUGGUCGCCUUCACCCGCCCAUUGCUCAAAGGAGGGAGAGCUUGUCGAUGUUUGCCCCCCAACCACGAUUGCAGCUGGCUACACACCCCGCCAAUUCGAGACCAAGUAGUGUGGUAUCCAGCCAACACCAUCCAUCGCCUGUCGUUGGACAUACACCUAUACAAAGCAGCUACAAUACAGGGAUGCCUAUGUCGACAUAUCAAUACUCGCAGCCAAUGCCCUCCGCAUCUAACAUGUCUACUACAAUGACCUCGACCGCCACGGAACCCGCAGAAUCCAUGUUUUGGAAUCCAAUUCCUGGCGUGCCAGGACCGAUCCUCCCGCGCCACACCUACCAACAAAUAAGCCCCAUGGGCCUUGAGAGCGUACUCCACAAUACGGAUACAAGUGAUCGCCUUGGCCGCGACGGUUUCAAAAUCAGCGAGGAUUGGCGAUCAAGUCAUAUCAACGGCUUCGCUACCGGUGUUGGAGGUGGUGUGUAUGGUCACCCACAUGGCCAGGUAGAUGCUGGGUAUGCACAUCGAGGGAGCUUCGCGCAGCAAACGAAUGACGUAAUUUAUCAACAAGGUGCGCAUGACGGGCACCACCACACGCAAGAAGAGUAUGAUCCAGGAUGGUGGCAGACUGCGAAUGGAAACCAGGGACCGAUGAGCUGA